CAAAAAUCAUUCGCACGAUGACAUUAGAAACAACUAGACACGUAUAAAAUGUCGAAGAUGCUCGAUUCCCGUCACAGUACAUCUGCGACCAUGAAACUGUUGGGACUUUUGGUUUGCUUAGUAGCUACCGUAGCGGCUGCUCCUGGAAAGGAUCACUACGAACUCGCUCGUGGCGGUCGUGUGGUUGGUGGCGUAAACGCCCUGCCUAAUGAGUUCCCGAGCAUCAUAUCUCUUCAGCGAUUGAUCCUAACGUUGUCUGCUCACAUUUGCGGCGGUUCCAUCAUUAGCCAGCGCUGGGUAUUGACUGCUGCUCACUGCAUCACGGAAUCACCCGAAAAUGCACGCUUCGCUAUCUGGGCUGGAGCUCACGACAUAACUGUGGCCGAACCAAACAGACAGGUCAUCAACGUCGAUGAUGCCAUCGUACAUCCCGAAUAUCUCGGCGGAGUGAAUCCGUCAGAUGUUGCUGUUCUUCGCCUAGUCAGUUACCUGAACUUCAAUCAGUUCGUGCAGCCUUCUGUUCUUCCAGCUCAGGGAGACCUUGCCACCGGAGCAGCAACUCUCGCUGGAUGGGGCAGUACUUCUACAGGCAGUAAUCCUAGUAUGCCAGCAAUUCUGCAGAAAGUUCAGAAGCCAAUUAUUGACUACGCUACCUGCGAGGAGGCUAAUGGUGGAGCAGGAAACUCACCCCUGGGACCGACGAAUGUUUGCACAGGACCAUUGACCGGAGGAGUCUCAGCUUGCUCCGGAGACUCUGGCGGUCCAUUGUACGUUACAUCGAACGGUGUCCGAACCCAGGUGGGUAUUGUCUCCUGGGGAUGGAUGCCAUGUGGUUCCAUCGGUCGCCCAUCUGUGUACGUUGGCGUCGCAAGCUACCGAAACUGGAUUGACUCACAGGCCGUUUAAUCAGGUUUCCGUCAUUUACUGAAAUAAAAGUGAAGCAUGAUGCAAAAAAGGCUCAAUAA